AACAGUAGAGAGUGUUGUGUAGGAAUUUCUUGGUUAAGAGAAGAUACACAUAUGACAUCACCCCAAUCAACAAGUAUGUGUACGUUAGCUGUUGGUUGCAUUAAUGUGUGAGAAAAUGAUAGGAAAUUAAUAGUGAAAUAUCAAGGAAUAGUCAUACAUCUUUGACUGGAAGAUCACCACUAGUUGCUUGGAAAUAAUCAAAUCUUAGCCUCUCCACUAUUAUUAUAAAUUGACAUAAUCUUUAGUUUCUUACAUCAUCAAUGGAAGAAACAUCAAACAAAGUAAUUCUGUUUGGAACUGAGGCAAGCCCUUUUGCUCGCAGAGUGAUAUGGGCACUCAAACUCAAGGGUGUCGACUAUGACUACGUCGAAGAAGAUCUUUCCAACAAGAGUCCAGCCCUCCUGCACUACAAUCCAAUCCACAAGAAGGUUCCGGUUCUCGUCCACGCCGGAAAGCCCGUCGCGGAGUCGGCCGUGAUCCUCGAGUACAUCGAGGAAACAUGGCCUAACCGCACACCCUUGCUCCCCAAAGAUCCUUACGAGCGAGCCGUGGCUCGCUUCUGGAUCGCCUACGGAGACCAAAAGGGUCACGUGUUUCACGGCUUCCUUACGUGCUUGGAGGAGGGCAAAGAACAGGCGGCGAGAGACGUGCUGGAAACGUUCAAGAUCAUUCAAGACGAGGCGUUGGGAGACAAGAAGUUCUUCGGCGGGAACACGCUGGGUUUGGUGGACCUGUGUUUCGGCUGGCUCACCUCGUUCGAGCAAGUGGAACGAGUCGUGGGCGUGCGGGUCCUCGAGCCAGCAACUCUUCCGAGGCUGCACCGGUGGACGCGGGAUUUCAAGGAAGCGCCGGGGAUCAAGGAGAAUCUUCCGGACAUGGAGGCGCAGUUGCCGGAGCUCGAGAGUUUAAGGAAGCAUCUUGUGUCGAGCAAGAGCUGAUUAGAGUCUUGAUAGCAAUAUAGCAUUCUGCAAAACAGUUCAAGAGUCACUAAUACUUUGUUUCGUUUUACUUAACAAAUAAAUCUUGCUCUAUGUCUGAAUGAA